GUGAAUGUGCAAAAUGAGCGUAUUAGCGCUCGAAUCGACAUAAUGGCUCCGAAUAGCUGGGUUGUAUUCGAUCAACAGUACUAUCAGAUCGGUACACCGUUGCAUGUGAACUGCCUGGUCACCGCUAUACCCUCGGCAACGGUCACAUUCAUGCGUCGCAGACCACUAUCAGCAGCUCCAUGGAUCGAUAUUGACCCUGCAGAGUUGGUAGAACUGAAAGGAACGUACGAAAGUGGAUAUAUCUGGAACACAACGGUACAAGACGAUCUUGACUUGAAGUGCGAAGGUGAACGCGAUGGAAAGACGAGCUUCGAAGUGAAGCGAGUGCGAGCAUCUGAAAGUGAACCGUUUGUGAAAACAAGUUGGACGCGGUCGGCUCAUUCAACAUCUCAAGAAGAUCCGAAAGAGAUCUACGAGGGUGACAACGUGCAGCUUACCUGUACAGUACCGAACGACGAGGACUGGACUGUACAAUGGAUAUUCCGUGAAAACGUGUUAGGUGACGUCAACAAUGAAGUUGAUGCUCAUUCACGUCAUUUGAUCGCGAAUAUCAAGUAA